UCUACUGAUUCACCUCUCUCAUAACCUUCAGGCUUUAGAUGACUACCAACAAGUUGAUCGGAGGGAUUUUAAGGAAAAAUAGGCGAUUUGAGGGGUUAAACAGUAUAAAUAAGAGGUUUUUAGAAGAGAUUAAUUGGUAUUUUCCAAGGGUUCAAGGAUUGAUGAAAAAAAGCGGUUUUUUUAGAGAGAUUUUAGGAGAAAUUAUGCUUAAUGAGAGGGAAAAAGAGGUUAAAAAGGUGAUUUUAUUAGUUUGCGAGGAGUGUAGAAGAAGAGGAAGGCCUAUAAUAGCGAGAUUUGCGGGCGGAUGGGUCAGAGAUAAGUUACUUGGGCUUGAAAGCAAUGAUUUAGAUGUGGUUAUUGAUAAAAUGUCGGGAUAUGAGUUUGCAGUACGUUUAAAGCGGUAUAUUUUUAAGAAAGGGAUGUCGGAGAUAGGAUAUAGUCAAAUAGCGAAAAUUGAGCGUAAUCCAGAGAAAUCUAAGCAUUUAGAGACGGCGACUACGAAUAUGAUGGGAAUUGAGAUUGAUUUUGUGAAUUUGAGAAGCGAAUCGUAUUCGGAAGAUAGUCGUAUUCCGAUGAUGGAAUUUGGAACGCCGGAAGAGGAUGCGAUGCGUAGGGAUUGUACGAUAAACGCAUUAUUUUAUAAUCUUCAUACAAAUGAAAUUGAAGAUUUUACGAAAAGAGGUCUCGAAGAUAUGAAAAAGAAAAGGAUAGCUACGCCAUUAGAGCCAUAUCAGACAUUUGAUGAUGAUCCUUUAAGAAUUUUGAGAUUUAUUAGAUUUUCUAGUCGAUUUGGAUUUGAGAUUGAUUUAGAAACGAAAGAAGCUAUAAUGCAUCCUAAAAUUAAGAAAUCUUUAUCAACAAAAAUAAGUAAGGAAAGGAUAGGUGUAGAGAUAAAAAAGAUGUUGGAAGGAAUCAAUCCAUAUGGUUCUCUGGAAUUGAUUUAUGAGCUUGGACUUUAUGAAAAUAUAUUUUCAAUGAAUUCUUCUGUAAAGCCACAAAAAGAAUUGAGUUGUAUUCCUUUAAUUAUAGAAUUGACAGAAUGGAUUUUACAAGAUAAACAAGAAGAUAGAUUAAAAGAAGAAUUAGAGUCAACAGAAUCAUCAAUUCAUCCUAUAUCAUUAAUUUUAAAUGAAAUAUCAAUAAAUCCUUUUGAAGAAUAUAUGGAUCUUUUAGGAGGAGUAAAAAAUAAUAUGAUUCCAUGGCUUUUAUCUAUUCUUAUUCCUUGGAAAGAACAAGUGAUAGAAAAUAAGAAAGGAAAUAUUCAAUGUUCUUCAAUUGUUGUUAAGGAAGGAUUGAAAAUGAGUAAUAAUAUUGCUAGUAUUGUUGAUGAUAGUUUUUGUUACUUUCAAGAAGCACAAAAAAUAUCAAUGGAAUGUAUGAAUGGAAUAGAAACUCGAGUAUCUUUAGGAUGUUUUGUUCGUCUUGUUAAGAAAAAUUGGCCAUUUGCGGUUUUCCUUGGAUUGAUUGAUGAAAUGUUAACAUCUUUCUUACCACAAAUGGAUAAAUUAGAUGAUAAAUAUGAAAUAAAAGGGUCUAAAUUGGAAAUUGAGCCUUUAAUCUAUGAAAAAAGAGCUAUUCUAAGUCGAUACAAAUAUCUUCUUGAUCAAAUUCAUCAUGAAAAUCUACAAAAAGCAUAUUCGAUGCAACCUCUUGUUAAUGGUCAUAUUCUUUCAAAAACGUUUGGAUUUAAAGGACCUCAGAUUGGUAUUGUACUUGAACAAGUAAUUCUAUGGCAAUUAAAAAAUCCACAAGGCACUCCAGAACAAUGCCUUUCACAGCUCAAUUUAAAACAUAUUUAGCUAUAUAUCUUUUCAAUUGCCAUAUAAAUUCUAAUUAAAAUUAUUG